GGAGAUGGGAGCAAAACCUGUUGGACGCCAUUGUCGCUUGCUUGUCAGCGGUUUGCUCCGGUUCUUGCACCGAUUUCCUGGCUCUGUUCGUCCUCUUUACAAACUGAGCUGCCGUAAGGCUGGCAGACCCGGUACGGCCGUUGCGCCGGUCGAGUUGUUCAGUAGGUUGCCUAAUCAAUGAUCAUGCAUGAGUUGAGAGGCGAGCUAGUCAGUGUGUCGUAUAAAAGCUGUGUUGCAUGCAGUGGAGAGCACCAGUCGCGAACUGUAGGUCAUCCCUCCGGAGCUAGCUGGAAAUCGGUGUGAGUUUUCGAGUGAAGAUCGACUAGCACCAGCAGCAGCCAUUGCUUCCAGUCUCCGCUGACGACCCGAUCUUCGCUUAGAAUCGCUCCAGGCAGAAGCUGUUGGACUGAUCCAAUCUGCACCACGCGUCAUGCCACCAAAUCAGGAUAAGCAGCGGCAUAACCAGCUUACCAUGGACUCAGGCAAACACGGAGGAAGAGGUGCGGGUGGACGAAGCGGCGGUCGGCGUCUCCUGUUUUGCCUUCUCGUCAUCUGGACCGUGUGCCACAGCGCAAUGGUGACUGCUCAGACUACCAGCAAAGGCUCCAAAGGAGACAAGGGAGAUUGCAUGUACGCACUACUCAAGCAAGCGGGAGUGCGCUCGGCGUAUCUCGACAAGUACGUGGCGGCGUUCCGGAAAAACGGCAUCAAGGGCAGUGCUCUGUUCGGACUGAACUUCCUGGACCUGGUCAAGCUGCUCCAGGGCAAGUCGUUCGGUAUCACGCACGCCGGCGACAUCUUCAGCAUUCACUCGUGUGUGAGCGGCCUUGGUAAGUGCGUGGUCAAGCCCUUCUGCCAGAACUCCGGCACCUGCGUCUACAGUGACAUCAAGCGCAUGCACGUGUGCAAGUGCACCACCGACUAUCAGGGAAGCACGUGCGGAACACGGGUGCUGGACCGCGUCACCAAGAUCGAGCGCACUCUGCUGAAGCUGAGCCACGUGGUGUCGCGAGUUUCCGUCACCUACACGCGCUGGGGCAAGAACAAGUGUGAUAGGAGCACCGGGGCCGAGCUACUCUACAACGGCGCAAUGGCUGGGUCUUACCACUCGCACAAUGGCGGAGGUGCCAAUCACUUGUGCAUGCCAUACGAUCCCGCACAGGUGGACUCCAACGCGCCCCGUACGUACGGCAACAGCCCCAUAUAUGGCAUUGAGAUCGAUGAUUCAUGGCAGAACAAUCAAAACCCAACGUGCUCCGUUUGUCACGUGAAGGGCCGAUCCUCUCAGGUGAUGAUGCCUGCGCGUACCUCGUGCCCAUCUGCCUGGACACUUGAGUACUCUGGGUAUGUGAUGUCCUCGCACUACAGCCACAGAAAGACAGAUUUCGUUUGCAUGGACAAACAACUGGACGGCGUGCGAGGUGCAUCCGGCAACAAGCCAGAAGGAGUUCUGUACUUGGCGUCCAUAACGUGUGGAACAAGCAUGGACUGUCCACCGUACAGCACCACCAAGGCAGUGCCCUGUGUUGUGUGUACUCGCUAACCGCCCAGCUCACCGCCAUACUGUGGACAUGAUGCCACUGAAAGGUGUGUGCGUGCGCGCGCGUGCGUGUGUAUACAUGUAUGUGCGCACAUUGUGUGCAUGCGAUGUGUGCAUGCGAUGUGUGUGUGUGUGUGUGUGUGUGUGUGUGUGUGUGUGUGUGUGUGUGUGUGUACAUGUAUGUUGACACAUUGCACACAUUGCAUGCAUGCGAUGUGUGCAUGGCUACUCUGAUUGCCAUGUCCAAAGUAAGCUGCUACCAUCACGUCUUCUCCAUGCCAGCUGAUUGAUAACCAUACACAUCAUUUUCUUGUUGUUGUUGUUGUUUUCACCUCUCUUUGUGAUCACCUUUCCCUUUACUCUUGUUGUGCAACCUGUAAACAUUAUAAUUAUACCAAGUCCAUUGCAAGUCCAUUGCUAAAUUUCCUUCAUUUAGUGGACGAUAUUCCUGGUUUUCAUCAAGUUAGGCUAUCUUUCCAGGUGGUGAUAUAAUAUUAUGUCUUCUCAGCUCUGAUUUUAUGGACAUGUACCACUGAGAGAGUCAGAGUGGUAUUACUGAUAAUGACUUGUGCAUUUUCUCCUCUACAAGCAGGAAGAAUGUGUGCUAGAAAAUUGUAGAAAUUCUGAUAUUCUAUUCUCCAUUCUAUUUUUCAUUAGUUCAUCUCAUAGUCAUGCAGAAAUAUGUGGCCACUCCACGCUAUUUUGAGGCCGAAUUGAACAACUAA